AUGUGUUUGACUAUGAUUAUUGGGAAUUUAACUUCAAUUCCUUGGGCAUUAAGCUUUCUCUUUGCCGGUGGUGACCUUGAAGCCCUUGGAAGCUCUACGCAACCUAUUAUGCUGCUAUUUCAACAGGCUACACAGAACUCUGCCACCUCUACGCUCUUCAAAUGCUGGCUAAUAGUCAUCUACUUUGGAGCGACACUGAGUUGUUUAGCAGCGACCGGACGCCAGACCUGGGCUUUCGCUCGCGACAAUGGUCUCCCGUUUUCCACUUGGAACGCGAUCGUUCACGAUAAAUUACGGAUGCCCGUUAACGCAACCAUUAUAUGCACAAUUGUCAUCUCGCUUUAUGGUAUUAUCUAUGUGGGAUCUACUACGGCCUUUAGCAGUUUUAUAUCGGCUUCGAUUCUCGUGAUGAAUGUUUCUUAUGCCAUUCCUCAAGGUAUUGCUUUGUUCCGCGGUCGGCAAAGAGUCAUAACCAGAGGCCAAUUUCGGCUCGGGGCAUUUGGUUACUUCGUAAAUGGCUUCACCGUUGCGUGGGUUACUAUCAUGAACUAUGUCAGCGUUGUCGCAGCUGGUAUCAUUUUCAUUGUUAGUGGACUCUGGUUGGGAGGGAAAAGAAGGACAUUCACUCGUCCCUAUCUGGCGUUUGAGAUAAUGAGGGCUCUUGAUGACCGGUAG